AUGGGCACAGGUAUCGUGUCUAUCUUGUUGCACAAUCUUCCGUACAACGGUAUCUGGCUGUACUGGAUCUCGGUGGUGACCUUCGCACUUAAUGUGCUUCUCUUCAGCACCGGAUGCAUUCUCAGCGCGAUUCGGUACACGCUGUACCCUGAAAUCUUUCGGGUCAUGGUCAUGCAUCCAGUCCAGUCCAUGUUCAUUGGGACCUUCCCAAUGGGACUGAUGACUAUUAUCAGCAUGAUUUGUUUAGUCUGCACCCCAGUAUGGGGCCCGUGGACUCCGUACUUUGCAUGGGGCUUAUGGAUCUUUGGCGCCAUUGUCUCGGUGAUGACUGCGUUGUCGCUGCCAUUCUUGCUGUAA